GCGGCUCAGGCGCUCAAUCAGAAUCUGGGCCAGGCGCUCACUCAGGCGCUCACGCAGAACAUGCAACAGAACCUCGGACAGACUCUGCAACACAAUCUCGCGCAAAGUCUGACGCCGAAUCUGUCGCCGCAGCAGCAGCAACAACUGUUGAAUCAACCGCAGAAUCUGAGCCAGGCCAGUCAGAGCCUGCAGCAGAACAUCCAAAGCCAGGCGCAGAAUCUGUCUCAAACGCUGCAGCAGCAGGCACAGAAUCUUACGCAAAACCUCGGCCAGGCGCUUAACCAACAGGCGCUGCAACAACAAGCGCAGAAUCUCACGCAGAAUCUGCAGCAGCAGGCGCAAAAUCUCACGCAGAACCUUCAACAGCAAGCACUCAAUAUGGCUGGGACCAUCGCGCAGAACGGCGGUCUCGCCGGUAUGAACAUGUCGGGCAAUCAGCAGCAGAACUCGCAGAAUUCGAUGCUGAGCCCGGGCGCGACCAGUCAGGACUCCCACGACGCCACGCUCACGGAGAAGCUCGUCAACGAGCUGCAGUCUCGUGCUUCUGCAGCGGGGCUUGGAGGUGCAGUAGGUGCCGGCGGUGGUGGAGGAAUGGGCAACAUCAGCGAACGCACCCUCGAGGAAUGCUGGUCCACCCUGCAGCGAAUCUUCAUGCACAAGAGCGCGAUGCAGAUGCACGCGAGGGAGCUGGGCGCGGGUGCACUGGCGGGAAGGCCCGGCGGCGGCGUCGCCGGCGGCUUGGCCGGUCUGGGCGUCGGUGUCGGCGUCGGCGUCGGACCGGGUGGCAUGAUCGCCGGGAACGAGGUUAAACCGCACCAGUGCCAGCAGUGCCUCAAGUCGUUCUCCAGCAAUCACCAGCUAGUGCAGCACAUCAGGGUCCACACCGGCGAGAAGCCGUACAAGUGCAGCUACUGUGACCGCAGGUUCAAGCAGCUUAGCCACGUGCAGCAACACACACGACUGCAUACGGGUGAACGACCGUACAAGUGCCAUUUACCGGACUGCGGGCGGGCCUUCAUCCAACUGUCGAAUUUGCAGCAACACCUGAGGAAUCACGACGCUCAGGUGGAGCGGGCGAAGAACCGGCCGUUCCAUUGCAACAUCUGCGGCAAGGGCUUUGCCACGGAGUCCAGUCUCCGUACCCACACGUCGAAGGAGUUGCAACAGCGUGUUGUGUUCCAGCAACACGCCGCCCUGAUCGGCGGCCCGAACGCAACCAGCUGUCCAGUUUGCCACAAGCUCUUCCUCGGCGGCGAGGCGUUGAUGGAGCACAUGAAGCACACCCACAAGGAUCCGAAUGCCUCCGGAGUAGCCAUUCCCUCCGCUGACUGCACAACCUCCGUUGCCGGGGUUUACCUAGCGAAGCGAAGGACCGCCAACCACCCGUGCCCAGUGUGCGGGAAGCACUACGUCAACGAGGGUAGCCUUAGGAAGCAUCUGGCCUGCCAUCCUGAGACCAGUCAGCUUAGCACGAGCCUCAGGAUGUGGCCGUGUUCGGUGUGCCAAGCCGUCUUCACUCACGAGAGCGGUCUCCUGAGCCACAUGGAGCACAUGAGGAUGGAUCCGAAACAUCAGUUCGCGGCGCAGUAUGUGCUGAGUCGCGCGGCCGCCGAAAGGCGGGAAAGGGAGAUUCUCGCGAGUUCGAGUUUAGGUGCGGGUUUGGGUGUUUUGGGAGGAAGUCAAUCUGGAGGCCCGCAAAAUUUACAACAACCACCAAUGUGCCCGUCACCGUCGGCCCAUUCGGACAGCAGUAGCGGCAACGGAAGACUAUCGUCGGCCGGUAGUGAACCUGAUUUUUGCGCAGGCACCGGUCUACUGAACAAUAACAACAAUAACAACAACAACAACAUGGCGUCACCGGGACCGAGCGGCAACAAGCUCAGCGAGAUGCUGCGAGCGGGCAGUCAACCGGGCUCGGCGCAGCAAUACCACGACGAGAUGCAAUCGCAACAACAACGCAUGGCUGUCAUGGCAGCAGCCGUGUCGGCGGGAUUGCAAAACUCCGUGUCGCCCAAUCUUUCGCCGGUUGACAUGGCGUCGUUAGCGGCAGCCAUGAGAAUGGGCAACAACGGUGACAUGAGUGGUAGCACUCAAGGAUCGACGGGACCUCAACAGCAGGGAGUGCAAGCUAGCGGACCGGAGCAGGCUCUGAGAAUGCAUCAGGCGGAAGCUCUGCUUCGUUCCCAAGCCGAAGCUGCUCUCAGACUCGCGGUAUCUCAAGCGGCAGCAGCCGCGGCGAGUUCCGCGGUGGGCGGCGAUGUUAGGCAUCAUUUAGGUCAGCACAACGGAGGCAGCACUUCCGGCAUGCCGGGACACCAUACAAACCAACAAAUGUCCCAACAGGACACCCUGACGCCAGAUCUCGGAGAAGCGCUACGAUUACAGGAGCAGCGACUAGAACAGGCUCUCAGGCUACACGGUGAUCCACGCGCUCUGAGCUUUACUCUGGCCCAGCACGUCGUCAACCAGCAGAGCAAUCAGCAACCAUGAAAAUUCAGUUACUACUGAGACGAGUGGACCCCUUGGGCGUCGGAUCAGACGACUCUGCAAAACGAGCGCAUGAACCAGCAGUCGCAGUCGUCAACGGAGCGUACUACGCCGUUGCACGAGCAGCAGCAGCAACAACAACAUCAUCAUCAGCAGCAGCAGCAACAGCAGGGUCCGUCUACCAUCGGUCAUCAUCAUCAUCAGCAGCAGCAGCAGCAGCAGCCGCAACAACAACAGCAGCUGCAGCUGCAGCAGCAGUCUGAAGACCGUGGCGUCAAGAGGAAAGCCGACGAAAUGAUCGGUAACUCUGAGAACGCGUAAGAGAGAUCGCGUCGAUUUAGCGAGUGACGAUGUCGAGAUGCCGUCAUCGUCGUCGCCGGCGUGAACUCGUUCGUGCGUCCAAGUGCGGUCACCUAGAAAUACACUCACUGUCUCAGCAGUAAGAAAACGAUGACAAAACAAAAAACGAACUUCAAACGAAGAAGAAUGUAUCUUCGGUGUCUUCCCGCUUCGGAUAGAACCGAUACGAUCGGACCAACCGGAAGCGAGCCGAGAGACGUGCCCCUCGGUCGACGCGCUUUCCGAUUGGGACGAAGGAAGAGUGAGAAAUACGUAUGUGUAUCCGUUGCACGGUGCGAGGCGGGGGGGGAUCGGCUGUGGCGACGCGCGUCUCUCGCGCGACUUCCAAAGCGAUGCGAUUCCCGCGUCGUUGUUCCUACACCGGUCCUAGAUAAUGGAUUUGCCGAACGGAGAAAUGUCCGUAAAAAUUCUCAGGACACGUCGCCACUGCCAUGCCGCCGCCUCGGCUCCCGAAACGUGCCAUAAUAACGAGAAGCUGCUAAGGAAACAUUAAGUCAUUCCGAGCGUCCCGUCACGCGGGAUCGCGCUCGGGGUGCGCACUCCAAGGUACUAUGAUCUUUUAGUACAAGAGCCGAUUAAGCGGUAGGCGACGAUGCCGAGGGUCCAACGGGCGAUCCUCGAACAUCCCGCGCGACCGGGCUCAACAAACCUAAACUAUAUAUAAAUAUUAUACAUAGAUACGUCUAUCUCCAUUGAACCGCGCUUAAAGGUUCCACUCCUCAUCCCCUAAUCUUAAAGAAAAAGCUCGUAAUGCUUAAGGCGGAUCGCACACCAUUAAACACCCACGUACGCAGGCUCAUUGACGAUGUGUGCGUCGCGCAAUUGCGGCGAACGGGCUACCGGACUGCGGUCGGUCCCGUGUCGUCGCGUUGUACGGUUGUUAAUUAAUAUACGUACAAGAAAAAAAACUCCCCUUCCCCGUGUGUGUGACAAGACGGACGCGACCGAAUCCGGACGUUCUCUCGGCCCCAAUGCGAUAUCGGACAUUGACAAUUUCGCGCGACUCGAGAAACGAAUGUCGGACGCGUCGUAGACAGAUACGUACGGGCACACACAUGUGACACACACGUGAAUGUAUACACACACAUUACACAUGUACACAUGUACAAUACAAUUCACACAUUAUUAUACAUAAAACGCAUCAUGCAAACACACUUUUAAGGUGAAGAUAUAAAAACGCGCGUAAAAAUCUGUGCUCGUUGAUAGCACGAAAACUAUUAGCUCGUAAGCGAACAAACAAAAUAUAGUUAUUACAAACAGUUAUAUUAUAUAUAUUAUAUAUACAUACAGAGUGUAUAUGAAGAGUAUGACAGAGACAAAAAAAACAAGGCGAAAAAACCGGACCCAUUUCACACUUACGCGUCUAGUUGAAAGGAAGAGAAAAAUACGGUAAGCGUGAAAAAGCGAGCAUUUUUUUCGUGAGUAAAGCACAUGACGAAGCAGAAGAGAGAAAUAAAAAAAACUCUAAAUGCUAAAUAUUAUAUAUAUAUAUAUUAUAUAUAUAAAUAUUAUAAAUAAUGAAUAUAGGGUCUAUGAGACUAGGUUAGUUAGGCGAAAGGGAAAUAUGAGCGAAUGUGGAGCGCGCGCCCUUGUAGAUCGUACGCGAUCCCGAGCAUUGUCGACGAGAGAAUGUGACAGUGCACGGUGAGAACCGAGGAGAAUAACAAAAACAAACAAACAAACGUGCAAAAGAAAAACGAGAGUGAGUGAGGGAGAGAAAGAAAAGUGGAUGUUACAUGAGUGAAAACGACCUCGGGACCGUCGUAGACGCGCGGGCGCGACAUCGAGCGAAUGGGAAAAAGAUCGAGUGAAUGUGAAUGCUUCGUGAGCAUCAAGGAAGAGCGAAUGCGAAGACGAGAGUGAGAUUUUAGAAUGGCGUGCUUCAGGUAAUCUGAGGUCCUGUGAUCGUUAUAAGCAAAAUAUUUUUUUAUUUCCGGGUAAUAUAAUCUGAAACGCGUAAAACUCUUGCGUCGUUUUGAACUUUUACUUGCAAUAUACCGUUACGUUCUCGCAAUACUUAGGAUGAAGAAGAUUAAGAAGAAGACGAAUAGGAAUAAAGAAGGUGGAUGAAUAAAAAGAACAAAAAAUAAAAACACAGAUACGAAGAUGAGGAUGACGAGGGAGAGGAUGAAUCAAGAAAAGUCCGUAGGUUUGAUCGUGGAGCGAACUUUUAGAGACUCGAGCCAGCCCCUUGCUCUCCUGAAACACAAAGAAAAAAAAACAAAACAAAUCGUUUUCCUUUCCGCGACGGCCCGUCAAAAACCUCACCAUCCCACCAGACGAAAUUUACCCCAUUGCCUUCUCCCAUCUCUCUCCGUAACUUUUAGCAAAACUUGUGGUUUGUCUGCACUUUCGACGGGGUUAUCUUUUCAAUGAGACCAAAUGCGAUAAAACGAGACGCGACUGCUGACGCAAACUGGAGAGAAAAACACGUUUGACAUUCGAUUGGAAAUUAUUUCUCGAGUUUCAUUCUUCAGCAAAAAAUGAAAUUUCUAAAAGAAAUCGGCGGAGUCUGAGGCGGUUAAAAAAAAAAAAGUUAAAACAUUGGAAAGUCGAUUCGACGAGCAUUCACCUACGACACAAUUCGAUUUCUUCGUUUCUUCGUCACUCGCGGACUGAUAAGUGCGGAGAAUUGAAUGGUAGCGUGCCGAAUUUGUUCACACAUUCUUGGACCACCAAUAUUGACCGCGUUACUGUUGUUGUUGUUUCCUUUUGGAGAAGUCUCUCAAAGAGACUUUUUUGUUUUUGACCGGCUCGUUUUUGCAAAAAAAACUCCAACCUCUCCAAAACCUGCAAUCCCUUCGAUCUUUGCUUUCCAUCUCUCCAUCCUCCUCUUUUUUUUGUUUUCAAAAUCUUUCCCCUGACUUCGGUCAUAUAAAAUUUCGCCUACGAAAAUAAUUGGCAAAAAUCUUUUCACUUGCUAAUGUUUCGAAAGCAUAUUGUGUAAGAAAUGUAAUGAAAUUUCUUGAAAAAUAUUCUAAACAAUAUUCCUUUUCGAGAUAUGCCCCCUCCCCCUCUUUCAUGUCCCUUUGUUCGCCAAUUACGAAAGUAGCCUAACGUCGUCAUCUUCGUUGAACGUAAAAGACACGCGCCGAGAAGCCGCCGGGUAGCUAGGCUUUUUGACCAUCUGGGACGAGAGAAGAAAAGAUCGCUAAAGGAUUCAUCGUCAAAGCUACAUUUAACAAUCGCAACCGUCUCGCGAUCGGAACUCGAUGGACUGGUCUGGAUUUAUAUAUUUGCUUUGACAAAAUUUUCCAAAAUUCACAACUUCCACGAAAAUGUUCUCAUCGCCAUUGGGAAUCGAUAGAUAGAUGUCAAUUCGACAAAUUCGAAAAAAUUACGGAUCUUUAGGUUUGUCUUCGUUUUCGGGAAGAACAAAGAAAACGAUAACGGGCCGCCUCGAGUUCCUGUGAUCGCAAUCGCGGGUCGAUUCAUUGAUCGUUAUUAUUAAAGUUUUUGCGUUACAGGGCGUUUUUUCCUCGGAUUAAGUAGUAUGUAAAUACACCUUGAUAUCACAAGCAUAAACUGAGAAUUUACUGGUAACUUAAACGAACGUACAUAAUGCGAAAUAGGGUUAGUUUCUAUGUAAAUACCUAAAGCUGAGCGAGUGCAUACACCUCGUUCACGCAACCAAUGAUAAUCGUUUCUUAUCGAACCAGAGCUUCUGUUCGUCGUCGGUGCGUGUCCCCGACGAUCGGCGAUCGUUUCCGUUUUGCGCCUUCCUCUCUCACCUUUCUUCGUUUGAAACGAGUGGAUUUACAUCCCGGGAGAGGGGCCGCGCGCGGAAACGUUCACCAAUCUCUCGGACAUCAUCGAUCGGGAAAUUCUUUUUUUUUUCUCGACACUGAUACUCUGACACACUAUAAAACACUUACACACACACACUCACACACAUGGCAUUGCGAUGGAUUGUACAGCUAGGAAUUAUCUUAAAACGCAAUCUUCGCACACACUCCGGCGUCCGCGCAACAUCGUAGGGACCGAUUUUUCGGAGAGAGUUUUCAUAAGCGAAUAUCGCAUUUGUUUUUUUUUUUCGAAAAAAACGAAAGUCGCGAAAAAUAAAGUAUGGCGAUAAAUUUCGAGCGCUUCUGUGCGAAAGGUGCAAACGUGCUGGAAAAUUAUGAGUGAAAGAAUUGUGAGAAAAUCUGGGAAAGAAUGAGAAAUUGAUAGAUUUCGGCAUAUAAUAUCAAAUUAGAGUACCACAUCUGUGAGAGAGUUUCUAAGAAUAAAUAAAGAAAAUGGAGCGAAUGAGAAGAGUUUAGUUAGAUUGUUAGCACGUGUCGCGCACGUGAAGCGCGAAGUAAAUAAAAAACUUGUCGUUGGAAUUCGCGAGUCAUGAAAAAGAAAGUGAAUAAUGAUUUUUCGAAAGACGCAAUUUUUCAUUUCACGGUUCCUAAUAGUCGAGCGCCGAGAGGUAAUUUAAAAAGCGGUGCACGAAAAGGUAGUAAAGAGCGCGAAAGAAAAAAGAAACGGAAGGAUGGAAAGAGAUCAGCGUUGCUAUUUUACCACCGUCUCACUAUCACCAUCACAAAAAAUUUUAAUAAAACAACAACAACAACAAUACAAAACACUACCACCACUACCACGUCGGAAUCCUUCAUGAUGAUCGCGGUCAUGAAACGAUUGACAGACGACUAUUUUCGACCGGUGCAUCCUGCCGUGCGCCGAGGGUUGCUUUUUUAAUUAGCCAAACGACGUACUAUGGAUCGACGAGGGGAGAGUGAUGGGUCGUGUAAAACCUGUUCUCUCUGCCCUCUCGAUCGCAAUUAAAGACACAUCCCCGCGCGAGAAGAAAGAAUUCCCGAGGCGCCGGCCCGUGCCCCGCGAACGUGUACCAUAAUUUUAAAUUUAAACAAAUGGUAAUGCAAAAAUAAAAAACACACACAAGCGCGUUAAACAAUAGAUCUAGUAGUGUAUGUUCUGUAAUCAACUGAGAAGUAAGCGAGGAUAAAGAUAAAGAAAACAUAAUAAUAAAAAAAUACGCGGGUCGCACCCGCGAAAAAAAGCACAAAAAAAAUUUACAAAUAUAUUGAUUUACAUAUGCCCGUAACUCGUAAGAGGGCCGGUGGCGCAAACGCGUUAGCCAAGUGAGAUUUUCGGGUCUCAACGACGACAAAAUGAGGGACACGGCGGGAUAUUUGUACGGCAUUCUGCGAGCUGCGGCGCAUAAAGCGCGCGAAGAGCGUGCAAAAAACUGUGAAAGAGAUCAUGUAAGACCGUGGGUCGUUCGUAUUUGUCGCGAGAAAGGCAGUGAGCCGCGCAAAAGACGACGAGAGAAACAGAAGGAAGCGGCUAAAUAGCGACGAAAUAUACAAGGAGACAAGAAGGCUCACACGCGCCUGACGACGGGAGAGAAUCCGGAGAAGGAACAAUUCCCUAGGCGUCACGAACGACCUGAAGAUACAAGCGCCCGUACCGUAGUCCGCUCGUGGAAACGCGAUUGACGGUAGUCGAAGAAGAGGCCCACGCUAUGUUGAAUGAUAAUAAAUAUAUAUACGCACACACACAUGAAGGUAUAUAUAUGACAGGGAAAAUCCACAUAGCGCAACGUUGCCUGCAAAGUCGGCCCUAUCCAUAAUCUUAAUCUCUUUCAUGUAAAUUUGCUAAAUGUUUAAAUAAUCUAAAAAGUGCCAUAGCCCGGAUGCGCUGGUGCAUACUCCCAGCGCAUACACACUCACAAAUACGACUCGACCUUCACGAAUCAAACGCAAAAAUCCGCGGAUUCCGCGCGAUUCCGUGUGCGUUAUUACGCGCGCGAACGCGUUGGGCCGCGGUAGAAUUGGUAUUCUCGCCAAGGAACAAACACAAAAACAACAGUGACAGAAACCAACGCAAACAGAAAAUAAUCUCACAAAAUGGACGGCGCGUUGCCCCGCGUGAAUUUAAAACCGCAGGGAUGCGCGUUCCGUUCCAAUAUACGACACACAGAUUAAAGCAAAGAAGUUGCCCUGGUCACGAGCGUGCAACCCCGCGCGCUCAUUCACUUCUCAAUACACGAGCACGCGUGCGUGCGUGCGCGCGUGUUCAUACACACAAUACACAGGUACCCACGUACACAUCUUUACACUUGAAGCACACUUGAAGCACACUUAUCUACACUUAAUUACACACGCUACGGAUAUGUAAAGCCAAUUGUUUUUGUAAAUUGCGUAAAAAAAGAAUUUUUCAACACAAAAACUACGAUUCGGCCUAUUGAUAAUAUUUUCACACGCGUCGCGCAGAGAUAAACGCCGAUCCGUCUGGAAAAGCUCGUCGGAUCGUGAUCCCGCUUUUCAGACGGAGACGCGUCGUCUCGGGGACGCUAUGUGAAAAAAAAAAAAACAGUUUUCGAUCGAUUUGAAAAAAUAACGAUAAUUUUUUGAGGUUGAUAUAACAAAAAAAAAACUAGCACACGCGUUUGUGCUCGUAUAGUACGAUUGAUGUGUAAUCGCAGCAAAAUUUUCGCGGCCUUUGGCAUACGUUUGGAUGCAGUACCGAUGAUGAACGGUGCGUGCGUGCUUGCGCUGAGAAGCGCGAGUGCACACCUCCGAAACACGUCCCGGACUUGACCCUAAAGUACCCGGAUGUGACGUGUGGGCGGCCUCUUCGUCGGGCCGAGAGACCCGACGACGAAACGGGUGGCCGAGUGCCAGAAAAUUUCGUCGCCGAAGAUUGACGAAAAAUGAAGAGAAAUCUCGAGCAAAGAGAGAGAGGAAGAGAGUGAAAAGGUACUUCGGAAGCCACCUAGAGGAAAAGAGAGACCCCCGUUCCACGAGAUGCAAUCACGAGUAAGGUGUAAUGAAUAACCACAUGAGGAACACACAACCAAGAGGAAUGUGGCAGCGGCAAUUGCAUAAGGGCCGUUGUUCGAGUGCGGCUUUACAAGCAAAAACCGUUGGUUUGUUUUUGAUCGGGUUUUAAUUUUUUAAUGAAAUAAUCUCACGACGAAUAUAUGUACUGCGUACGAUCGCGCUUUUGCGUGCGCGUUCCCCGUAUAUAUCCGCGUCCCGUGGCGGACGUAAUGGGAGAGGAAUAUUGCGGCGCAGCCAAGAGAUUGUGCGGCAACGUUUUUUUUAAAAAAACGGUGGCAACGCGACGCAGGGCAUACGACGACGUAUGUGCAUAUCAUUCGUGGCAGUGUGUAUCGUAAGUGCGCAGCAUAUGAUAAAACCGACAGUCUAGCAGUGCGAGCGCCUCGGCGGCAUUCGCGUCUUCACGCGGUGCCUCUAACCGAGCCUCCGUGAUUAAAAACCGGAAUAAGUUGUUUCAAUGUCCACUAUAUAAAUGAAAGAGCCAUAGUUGUUAAGGCGAUGGGUUUCGGCGUUCGGCGGGUCGAUAUCCGCGACCUCCAUCACGCGCAUAUACGCACACACACACACACACGCAAUACAUGUUCGUUCUGGCCCCCAGAGAAAGAACUUCGAGAGAGAUGACGGCGGCGAGUCAACGGGGAAAACGGCGCGAGAGACGGAGACUUCAACGACCGCGAACGUUUGGCAGACCGACAAAAUUACGAGGUUCCUGGCAGAUCGAAACAAUCGAGAUAGCCGAGACAAUCUGUAAUCCGGAAUUUUGGCGUCUAAAUGCGACGUUCGGAAAAUUCAAAAUCUGACCCUAUUGGUCCAGAUUUUCGCUGCAUUUUUAACACUUAUCAAACGCGACAUUUCGAUUUCCGUCCUUAUCUCUUAAUCACGAGAGAGGUAUUUGAUAAGAGGGAUGAGAAAUCGAAUGUCACGUUCGACGUUAACCGUGCAGCGAAAAUGUGGACCUUCGUCUCGGCUACGAAAGCGGAUGAAACGAGGAAGAACAAUACAGCGAGGAAACACCUGGAAACGGAGAGUAUCCAGAGACUCUAAACCUUAUGAUCGAUCGAAGUCGUGAAGAAGUAGCGACUGCCAUGAUCUCAAAUGAUCCACACCAACAAUCAACAAACGGUCGACGACGACGAACGUGCGGACCCAUCGCGCUGUCUCGUCACGGCAGAUCACGUUGACCCGAUCCGUAGCUCUCGAUCGGCUCGAUCGAGUCGCGUGGUCUCCGCGGGCGAGACGAUACUCUUUUCAAAAUAUUCUUCAUACUUCCGUUCAGGAAAAUGUGUUUCUUUCAACCUGAACCCGAACCCCCCGCAUGCGUGUCCGAGGUGACAGGCCGAGUCCGUUUGUUUGGCAAAAUGAUACUCCAUGACUAAUCGUAGAAAAAAAUUAAUUUAUAACAAAUAAAUUUAUAACACUGCGAAUUAGCCACAAAAGCUUUUAAUUGCAAAUCGGGAUAAAUGGAGCACGAAAAACAAGAGAUAAAUCACAUUGAUAAAACACAUUGUCCGCUGAGUGAGUGCCUUCGUCAGGGUUUUCCGUUACAGUGAACAGACAAUUUUCAAGUAUAACUCACAAUUAGUAGUGCUAUGGUAGAACAGUAAUCACAGUGUAUUGCAGUUAAACAAGUUAAAUAAGUAAGUGUACGGGAAGCACGUGGUCUUUUCAGUGUCUGCAGAAUCUCGUCGUACACCACUAAUACCGCUAAUCGGAUAGUGGCACGACCGGAAGUCGUAUACCGGAUUCAUUUCGUGCUCAACACACCUUCCUGUUCCCUUUCGCCCCGAUCCACCGUUUGGAAUAAAAGAAAAAUUGCUCCCACUUCCGGACGUCCUUCACCUCAAAAGUUUCGGAUUUUCGACGACCGGUGGCAAAAAAAUUCGAUCGAUUUGUGUCGAGAGAAAAAUAUAUCCUUUGAUCAAAAUUCAAAAAAUUCCCCGAUCUUAUCAAACAACCGGUCGCUUUUCCUUCUCCCACGUUCAAUCAGUCAAUCAACAUUUAACAGAUAAAUAUGAUAAUAAGUGUACUAAGUGUCUGUAGUUUAGCCAACGUGUACGUUGUAUACUCUGAGAUAUGCGCGAGAGAGUUUGAGCCGAGAAAGAGUAACGAGAAGCGGGAGAGAAAGAGAGAUAGACGAUUGCAUGGUGGAGCCAUAUUUAACUAACUGAUAAACAAUAUUAAUUAAUUACAGUAAUCAUUCAAGAUGACUUAAUUAACAGUUAACCGUACCGCAUACACACAUGCAUAAUUAUUAAUUACACGUACUCCAGUAUAUAAGUAAUAAGGACCGAGCGAGUAGCGCCGCGCGUACCGCGCGCACCGCCAUUUAUCCAAUAAAUAAAAUCGCGGAGGCACUCACUACGGAAUUCAACGAGCAAGGACUUUGGAACUCGGACGCGGAUCGGAGGGUACCUGAACACGCGAGUCGAGAUUCCACUGAUCGAAAUUGUCCGUUUUCAAGCAGGAAGAAAAAAUCCCUGAGAACAUACCGAGUCCGGCGACUACUGGAAAGCUUUUUUGCCAGGCUCUCCUAAUACACCUACGGAAUAUCGGUUAUUCGGCUUAAGGAUCGUUUCAAGCAGAUCGAGUCAGUUGCUCGAUCGAGAGAUCUCUAUUUCUUCGAGCAGCGCGUGUUCAGGUGUCCCGCACCCCGUUGCUUUAUUGGUCUUUCAAGUGCAACGUUGAGUUAUUUCACUUACGACGUUGUUUUUCUACACAAUACAAAAUACCCCACCACCCGUCCCCAUCGGCGAACCAGUCCACCUCAUCACGCUCCCGCAGGAAACAAAAAGCCAUCCCUCUUCACCCCACCGCCCCAAUCCCACUCAUCCCUCCAUAUACAAAGUUGUUUCAUGUUCGUUCGCGAUAAACUUGGUUGCGAGUCCAGCGGCAACCGCGUUCUCCGUUUCUCGUUAGACAAAAUUAAUAUCGAGAGCACAUUUUUUUUUUUUUUAUUUUUAGUAUAAAAAAAGAAAACAGAUACUUGAAAAACGUUUCAAUAAAUA